AUGAUAAGCGGUAAUGUGCUGGCUGACAAUCGUAGCUGUGAUAUCAUGAUAUGCUGUGAUUCGAGAAACUUUCAGCAAAAUGAACACCGAUUUUUCGAACAACUUGAUGGUAUUUGGACCUUUGUCAUGGAGCCACAGAAUUCAAUUGGUAUCGGCUUUUUACGAAAAUGGCACCUUUAUGAGCUUUCUAAAAUGAAGAAUGCUACAGUAAUGCCAGUACCAUCAGCCUUUAACGAUCUGAGUGCACAUCGGGAAGUUCGCGAUCAUGUGGGAUGGGUAUGGUAUCAACGAAAAUUCUAUAGCAGUAAACGAGAUCAAUUAUAUAAAAUUUUUCUGCGAUUCUCGAGUGUUAACUAUUACGCUGUUGUGUUUUUGAACAACAGAUUAGUUGGUGAACAUACUGGUGGUCAUCUUCCAUUUGAGUUUGAAAUUACUAAUAGUUUGUUAUUUGGACUAGAAAAUUGCAUAACUGUUGCAGUCAAUAAUACAUUAUCACAUCAAAGUAUACCACCUGGUGAAUUUGUUUAUUUACAAAGGGAACGGAGUGGGAGGAAACAAUAUCCCGAAGGUUUCUUCAAACAAACACCUAAUUUCGAUUUCUUCAAUUACGCUGGCAUACUUCGAUCAGUGUACUUAACGAAGAAGCCUUUAUCUUAUAUCAAUGAUAUUGUGGUUAACGCAGAAAUGGAUGGAUCUCUGGAAUAUAAAAUAUUUGUAACCACUGCUGAAAGCAAUUGUACUGUUCUUGUGAAUAUUCGUAAUGAUAACAGAAUAAUAAUAGCGAGGAAUCACGGCACUUACUUUCGAAGUCGAUUGCUUGAAAUUCAUCCAUGGUGGCCAAACGGACUCGGGACACCAACAUUGUACACAAUGGAGGUUAUACUUCUUGUAAACGAGGUAGUAACCGACACAUAUCGCUUGAAUUUUGGCUUUCGAACAGUGAACUUCUCAUCGAAUCAAAUUUUUAUAAACAAUAAGCCGUUUUAUUGUCGUGGUUUUGGAAUGCAUGAGGAUUUCGAGUUGCAUGGUCGAGGUUAUAAUCCAGUUGUAAUGAUAAGAGACUUAAAUAUGUUGGAGUGGAUGUCAGGCAAUUGCUAUCGAACUUCACAUUAUCCCUAUAGUGAAGAGCGAAUUCAGGAAUCAGAUCGUAGAGGCAUCGCUGUAGUUGUGGAAGUACCAGCCGUAGGAUUAUCAAUUUUUACGACGAAUAAUCUCUUACUGCAUUCAAAAAUGAUUAAUGAGAUGAUUGAGCGAGACAAGAAUCACCCAUCUGUGAUUAUGUGGUCAAUAGCGAACGAACCAAAAUCCAGUUAUCCAAAUGCUCGUCAAUAUUUUAGUGAUUUGAUUAAUUUGACGAGAACUUUGGACAGGACUCGUCCAGUUACACUUGCUUUCUCAAUGCCCUAUAACGAAGACCGAGUGGUAGCUGAUUUGGUUGAUGUAAUUUGCAUUAAUCGAUAUUAUGGUUGGUAUAUUGAUAUUGGUUAUCCGGAAACGGUUAAAGGUAGUUGGAUAUUUGAUGUAAAGAACUGGCAAGAAAAUUUUGGUAAACCAGUUGUGGUUACUGAAUAUGGUGCUGAAUCAUUACCUGGACUAAACCAAGCACCUGGGCGAGAUUUUAGUGAAGAAUACCAUGUCGAGGUGUUGAAAAAAACACACGAAGCAUUCGAUGAACUUCGAAAGAAUAAAAUGAUUGCCGGGGAGAUGAUUUGGAAUUUUGCAGAUUUUAUGACAGCUCAAGAUAUUACUCGAGCUGUUGGCAAUCACAAAGGUGUUUUAACUCGAACAAGGCAGACGAAAAGAGCAGCUUUCAUUAUCAAGAAGCGUUAUGAAAAAUUAGCAGCUGAAGAGAUAAAAAGGGAUGAUCUAUUUGUGACGGAUAUUGCUGAGAAGAAGUAUGAAAAAGAAUAUCCUGAAUAUUCAUCUUGA